AAUUAGAAUGCCUCGGCAUUAUUUGGGCUAUAAAACAUUUUCAUACAUACCUUAAUGGAUCCAAGUUUAAAUUAAUUACAGAUCAUGCAGCAUUAAAGUAUUUGAACAAUAUGAAAGAACCAAAAGGAAAAUAG